AUGAGUCAUCCGUAUUUCACGCCGUCAUUUGUUUAUGGAUAUGGUACUCCGCACACAAUUGGUAUGUCUUUCACUCCUUCGGUGUCAAAUGAACCUGCAACUCCAACUUUUAUCCCGGAGACUCAACUUUUCGAUCGUGAAUCCCUAAUUGAGGUGGUCAAUUUAGAAAAAGCGAUUUCAAAUGCUGAGGGUACAAGAAAGCGUUCAAGUUGGACAAAGGUUGAAGACGAGGUCUUAGCGAGAUGUUUUGUCACUAUCAGUGAUGAUCCAAUAAUCGAUAAUGAUCAAAAGGCAGAUGCUUUUUGGGGACGUGUUGCAAGCUACUACAAUGAUAAUCUUCCCCUAUGUUCAAACACCAGAAGUGCAAAUGUUAUACGGUCACAUUGGCACAAUACAAUCCAAAAGGUAUAUCGAUUCAACGCAAAUUACAAUAGUAUUUAUAGUUCAUAUCGAAGUGGUCAUAGUGACGAAGAUAUAUUGAGGUUUACGUAUGAAAAAUAUUGA